UGGCCGCUCAGCUGUUCUCUGAUGCAGGACCUUACCUGUUCCUCGGUCCAGCGCUGCACAGUCUUCCCGCACCGGCAUCUGUCCGCAGUCUCUGGUCAUCUCCUGUACUGUCUGCAGUCUCUGGUCAUCUCCUGUACUGUCUGCAGUCUCUGGUCAUCUCCUGUACUGUCUGCAGUCUCUGGUCAUCUCCUGUACUGUCUGCAGUCUCUGGUCAUCCCCUAUACUGUCUGCAGUCUCUGGUCAUCUCCUGUACUGUCUGCAGUCUCUUGGUCAUCCCCUAUACUGUCUGCAGUCUCUGGUCAUCCCCUAUACUGUCUGCAGUCUCUGGUCAUCCCCUAUACUAUCUGCAGUCUCUGGUCAUUCCCUGUACUGUCCACAGUCUCUGGUCAUCUCCUGUACUAUGUCCGCAGUCUCUGGUCAUCAUCUCCUGUACUAUGUCUGCAGUCUCUGGUCAUCUCCUGUACUGUGUACACAGUCUCCGGUCAUCUCUUGUACUGUGUCCGCAGUCUCUGGUCAUCCACUGUACUGUGUCCGCAGUCUCUGGUCAUCUCCUGUACUGUGUCCGCAGUCUCUGGUCAUCUCCUG